GCCUUCCUGUGUUUCAGAUUGUGCCCAUUGCUUAUUCUUCUGUGACGACGCACCACUGAGAAGGAGUUGCAAUCAGCACCAUACUGGAGCAGAAGAUGACCAUACAGAAAAUAAUCAUCCUCUCCAUACUGAUGAGUUCUGUUUUAAAAUGUGCCAGGAGCAAAGUUAUGCUAUCCAAGAUGAACACUUCAGUUUGAACUGUUCUCAGGCUGUAGAGGCACAAUAAUUGAACAAAUGCACACUGACAGAGAAAGUGAAAAAUAAGGACAAAGAAGAACUUGCUUUAUGUCUAGGCAGUGGAGAAAACUCCUUGAUAUCCCUCUUAUCAGAUAAGUAUGAAGGGCAUGGAAAAGAACAAGAUACGACCUGGUACUUUGUACAGAGAAAUCACUGAAUAAAUUUCUCCUGACUUCAAAGAACUUCUGCCCAGGAACAGUGUCACUGGGGCACUUCUGCGGCAUGGUCAGCAUGUUAAGUGAAGCUUGGAAAAACUAUUGUGUGAUCAGACACCGCACUGAAGCAGCAGCACCCAUUCGAAACCUGAGCCAAUAAACAUCAUAACUGCAUCUGUAGAAAGUAUGCAGCAAUGCAGGGCAAGCUCAGUUUACUACCUUCAGAAGUAAAGAGUUGGUGCUCAGGGAUGCUGCUAUCUGCCCCCUGAGUCUAGUAGCUUCAACGCAUGUGCUGCAUGCACACAAGAGCAUGGCAGAGCAUCCCUCGGGGACACCUGCACUGGGCAUCAUCCAGACCCUCUCUCUGCUCAGGCUACUCCCUCUAGGCUUCUGAUGGUCAUUGGAUGUGACUCAGGAUGGAGUCAUCAAGUGUGGAGCAGCACCGAGUAUCAUGCUUCGUCUGAGAUAUUUUCUCCAUAUACUCCAUAUUCCUGAGCAGGUACGGCUUUUGAGCAAUGGAGGAAAUCGUAGGGAAGCACCCUUUUGAUGCCAAAGUCUAGAAGCUGCAACGCAACCGAUGAUCAGCCCUACGUUUUACACAGUCUUCCUUUCUGGGUUGGACGUCAGACACGUUUAGGCCUUUCUAUCUGCAAGCUGUUCAGCUGCAGCAAAAGCUCUUUCAUGGAGAGCCUCCAACACUCCAGCCACUGCAACAAGGUUGUUGUGUUUGCCAGAGGUAAAGAGGCACCUGUGCUUGUGUCAUGCAAACAUCCUCAGACGUGGCCAGGUUACGACUGAGAGAGCACCACCUUAUCUAGGGGAGCCAGGUCCCUGACUCCAGCUCAUGGGCUGUACAUGGUGCUUAGCAAGCCAUAAGGACCAAGAUUUAUCAACUGGGAGUUGGAUGUUGCACAUUUUCUGGAUGUUCAAUUUAGCAGGCUUGGGACCUUGAUGAAGAGUAGCCGACCAGCGCAAACACUUGAACCAAAAACCUGGCUUCACUGACAUCAUGGGAGGAAAGGUCCAACUGGAUGUACCUAUCGCAAUGUAUUUUAACCAUCGGAGAGGAAUUGGCCAUUGCCAGGCUCCAAGUAAUGCGGAGGUGGGUCCCCAUGGCCUUUUCCCUUUGGCUACUCUAAUCCGGGAAGCUCUUCCCGUAGCAGUGCUAGCCUUCACUUUGAGGUAGACGAGACGCUGCGUGCUGCCCAUGGCUUUCAGGGAAGUGAAUGCAAGAAGGCAUGUUGGACUUCAGCAGCUUUCAGCCUUAGCCUUAGCUGGAAGAACGCUGUUGGGGCCAAUGAAGUCAUACAAAUUUGUGGUGGAUGAAAGCACCAACCAGAGCGUGUUGACUUGUUCCGCAGUCAGACUGAUCGAAAGUUUGGAUUUAAGUAGUGCUACUGGACAGCUUCUUAAUGAAACCAUUCAGGCACAAAACAAGGAAUUUAAAACUGGGAUGAGUACCCUGUUGUUUCUUGUUGGCGCAUGGAGCAAUGCCGUGCUAGAAUGUCUCCAGCAGAAUGUUCCUAUUUCAGUAAUAGUAUCUGUGAUGUCUGAGGGCUUGAACUCUUGCUGUGAGAAAGUUCAGAGUCUUCAACUAUCAGUACAUGAUGUAAAUAAAGAGCUAUGCUCUAGCAGUGUUAAGACAAACAUUUUUGAAAACAAAACUUCCCAAAUUAGAUCCAACAGUUCUCCAGUGUGUUUUCAGAAAGGUAUUUCUGUGUCAGAAGAAGUUGCUGUUCCAAGAAAUGCCCAUGCCCAACCAGAAGAUAGUUGUAAUUUUAGUAACAGCUGCCUAGUUUCAGCUUUGACAGGCUUUGGUUCAAUAGCUUCCCUCAUCAAACCAGUGGAUGACAGAAGCAAAUCUGUGAUUUCUGAAAGUGGUGUUAACGCAUCCAGCUGUAACAAAAAAAAAUUAAGUCAUAGUAGAUACUUCAGCACUCUAUCAAAAAGCAACUUUUCAAGUCAGUUAGGCAAUUUUGAGGGUUAUCUCUCAGGACAAUCAUCAUAUCCAUGUGAAUGUAGUGGUUUUGGACACCUGGCAAUGGCUCUGAGCCAUGGAAAUCGGACUAGCAUGAAAUUGCUACAGAACAUUGUUGCAUAUCAACAACAGCGAGCUGAAUGCAGUGGUUCUUCCCAGUUUAACAUCACAGAAAUUGUGACAUGCUGUUUACUGGGCCUGCCUGAAAGUUACUCUUGUGUUUGCCCAGGCUUUAUCACAGUAGUAUCACCGGAACAAGCCACAGUUGCCAAAUACCUUCAAGACAAACCUCUUUGGAUACUGCUAGUGGAUGGCGACCUAACUGAACAGUAUCGACACUUAGGUUUCAAUAGGCCAUGUAAUGUAAGGACCAUAUUGGAGCAUCCAAACCUACAAGAAGGCAGCUCAGGAGACACGUGGUUAAGCAAUGCGUUAGAUGUUCUAACACAUCUUGAGGUAAACUUGAUUUUGGUCAGAGGAAAUGUGUGUGAAAAAUUGAUGGAAAGAUGCAUCGCAAAAAACAUACUGGUAAUAGGUUCUGUGACUCACAAUGUGUUAUGUGCCUUUGGGGAGGUGUCUGGUGCCCAGCCAGUGACAUACCUCGCUCAGCUAAAUGCCCGUUAUCUAGGGAGUGGGGCCCAGGUGGAGUUGUGGAGGGCCUGCGAUGGGCGUGCAAUGGAGCUGGGUGAGCUUGUGCCAGUCAGGAUAAAGGUCCAAGGAAUUCCCCUGCUCACAGCCAUGCUCACUACUACUGUAGCUUCAAAGAUGCAGCUCAUUGAAGACCAGUUCUGGACUUCUGUGUAUCGGCUGCAUCAUGCCCUAUAUGAAGGGAAGGUUUUUCUUGGUGGUGGUGCAGUUGAGCUCUUAUGCCUUAGUCAGAUUCAGAUGCUUGCAGAAGAGUCUUUAAAGCCAGCAAGUACAAAUGCUGAGAAAGUGUUUCACAAUCCUUCUUGGCUGGCAGCAUCUUCGACUGAGUAUAAAUCGGUUGUGCUCCAGGCAUUAGCAAAUGGCUGGAACCAGUAUCUUUCAGCGGUUUUGUGUAACACUGCAAAAGCUGCCUCGGGAUUUGAAGCACAUACCUUAAUUAAAUGUCACCUCAAAAAAGCAGCUGACUGUGGCUCUCCCUCAGCGUAUAUAUUGAAAGAGUUUAAAAGUGGUGGUAUGGUCCAGGGUGGUUCUGAUCUCUUCACUGACCCUGGGGAGGGUUUAAAUGUUUAUGAUAAUGUUACAGCCAAGAUGGAGGCAUGGCGGAGAGCUCUAGAUUUGGUGCUGCUAGUGCUUCAAACAGAUGCUGAAAUUAUCACAGGUCCCCAAAGGAAUCAGCUUUUAAACUCAUAUAUGUCAAGUGAAUUUAUGUUCUUAUAGGACUUGCAGUUAUAAGUCUGUGAAACAAUAGAUGGAAAUUUCAGGUAAAAUCAACUUUUUCUACAUAGUUUCUAAAGUAAGCACUUAGAUGUGGUUAUGACUUUAGAGUUUAGCAGCAGAAAUCAGCAUAUGAAACAGUCACAAGCUAGAUCUAAUUUUCCGUUUCUACAAAUGGGAGUUAAAUAACAAAAAUCACUUGUGGGCUGGCCCCUAACCCCAGCCGUGCAUUUCUGAAUAAUGAUAUAUGAAUAGAUAAAUCCAGUCAAACAGACUUCUCUCACCUUAUUUAGCGGAGCAGAUGUGCAGUUCUUUUUUCAUUAUCACCUAUCCACAGGACAGCUGGGUAUCUGUCAGUCUAGUUGGAGAAAAGUUUGAUACCUUGGAUACACUUACACACUCAAAAUUUGCUUCCUGUAUAAUGUCUUUG